UUAAAGAAACAUCCUCAAUCAGAGUCUUUCAUCAAUUUAUAGUAUUUAAGAUCUUAGCCACUCCCCCCCAAAUCGAUCAAUCUCAGCGUCACUGAGGUAGAAAACUAGAAACCCAACCAUGAAUUCUUUUCAAUGGUCUAUGAUCACUACAUUGCUCAUCUUCCUUCUUUAUCUCCCCUCUUGCAUUUCCAUUGAUUCCAUUACUCCAAACCAAACCAUCAAAGAUGGCGACGUUUUAGUCUCAAGCAGGAAGCUCUUUGCGCUAGGGUUCUUCAGCCCUGGAAAUUCUGGCAAACGUUACAUUGGAGUUUGGUUUAACAAAGUUCCAGAGCAGACCAUUGUUUGGGUAGCAAAUAGAGACAACCCUAUCAAUGAUUCCUCUGGACUUCUAGUGAUCGAUGCAGAUGGAGGCCUUGUCAUAUAUGGAAAGGACAGAAAACUCCCUCUUUGGUCUGCUAAUGUUACUCUCUCUUCUCCAAAAAACUCCAUGGCCAAGCUGUUGGAUACAGGUAACUUCGUUUUGUUUGAGAAUGGGCGGAGCUUGUGGGAAGGGUUUGAUUAUCCCUCAAAUACAAUGCUUCCCUUUAUGAAAAUUGGGCUGAAACGGCGAUCCGGGCUUAACCGGUUCCUAACUUCUUGGAAGUCCCAAGAUGACCCGGGAACUGGGAAUUUCUCUGCUAGGAUUGAUCCGGAUGGGUUUCCGCAGCUGUUUUUGUACAACGGUCAAGCUCCCCGAUGGCGGGCCGGAUCUUGGAUAGGACACAGAUGGAGUGGUAUCCCUGAAAUGACUCGUAAUUUCAUCUUCAACACUGGUUUUGUGACCAAUCAAGAUGAGCCAUCCGUCAUGACUGGCAUUAAGGACGACUCAAUCUUCUCAAGGAUGGUGCUUGAUGAAUCGGGAAUCAUCGAACGGUCCAUGUGGCAAGAUCAGGAUCACCGAUGGAACAAGUACUGGCAUGCCCCGGCAGAACUAUGUGACGACUAUGGAAAGUGUGGUCCAAAUAGCAACUGUGACCCUUACAAUCCUGAUGAGUUCGAGUGUACAUGCCUACCUGGGUUUGAACCUAAGUUGCCCCAUGCAUGGUACUUGAGAGAUGGCUCGGAUGGGUGUGUGAGGAAAAAAGGAGCAUCCGUGUGUAAAAACGGAGAAGGGUUCGUGAAGGUAUCACCAGUAAAGGCACCAGACUCAUCUACUACGCAUGUAAACUUGACCAUGGGUCCGAAAGAAUGUGAAGAGGAAUGCAUAAGGAAUUGUUCUUGCAUGGCAUACUCGGGUGCAGGUGACCCGCAAGAAAGGAAUGGAUGUGUGACAUGGUACGGGGACUUGAUGGAUACAAGGACUUACACGAUUGUCACUCAAGAAUUAUAUGUUCGAGUUGAUUCAAUUGAAUUAGGUAAUUCUGCCUUCUCCUUUGUUCAAAUGUAACGUUGGUUUCACACAUCAUAGUAGAAGGUACAUUUUUAAUCUAUUGUUACUCAUUUUC